CUUGUCUCUCUUCUCGGUUUGCGACGCCGCCGGUUUACACCGUUACUUUCCUUUCCCUUGUUCUUUGUUUCGGUUCGGGCCUUCUUGAGUCUGCUAGAGAACCAGCGCCCCCGGCGAUAUCUUGUCAAUAUGCCUCCCAAAGGUGCCUCGACCCGUCUCAACCCCGUCCGCCUGCAGACCAUCCCUCACCUGCGAAUCCGCCAUCCGAACAAGAAUGAGGGCAACCCUUGUAUGGCGAUCAUGUCCUCGAUGCUGAGUUGCUGGGCCUCUGCCGGUCAAAACUCGGAAGGCUGUUUCGCCCUCGAACAACAACUGAAGCAAUGCAUGGACGCACCGAAAAAGAAGAAUUCCGGCGUGAACACCAUCAACUACCACCUCAUGAGAAUGUACCCCAAGGUGGUUGGACCCAAGAAGAAGAAUUAGAUAUCGAUCUGUCUGCGCACAAGGUGUCGAGGCUAGACAAUGAAUGGGAUAAUGGGAUGGUGGUCUAGGAGAUAGUCCCCGCUCCAAGGGGUGUUAUCUGCCUGUUCGCUGCCUAGUUGAUGGUUUCAAAGAAAAUACCGUGUACCUGGAGUUUCUGGAUUUUGAUCGUCUGUUUUGAAGGCAAACUACGAAUAUAAGGUUGCUGUGCAUUUCUUGGAUUGUGUGAGACGAAGCCGGGGUUUCUGUAUAUGUUGCACUCUGUAUAUUAUUACUUGUUAUAUGAAAACAGC